GACUUGCCUCGCUUCCAGAGCUCCUAAACCCCCAAAUGGGUUCUCUGGGCAGAGCUUCAAGGACACUAAAACCGCUCAAACUCUUCCCUCGCGCUCACACUCCCUCUAAAUUUGGCCCAUUUACCUCUAUACUCAAAGGGAACGAGAUAUGUACCAGAAUAGGAAACAACCAUUCUGGUUUGAGCCAUGGAUUUGCCUCUCAUUCUCGCCAAAGCAGCGAAGAGAAUGUCAUAGAUUUGAGCCAGUACCCUACAGAGAGGAUCAGAAACUUUUCCAUUAUCGCACACGUCGACCACGGCAAGUCUACGCUCGCUGACCGGCUUUUGGAGCUCACUGGGACCAUUAAGAGGGGCCAUGGUCAGCCUCAAUACCUGGACAAGCUGCAGGUAGAGAGAGAAAGGGGAAUUACGGUGAAAGCUCAAACAGCUACCAUGUUCCACAAGUACAACUUUCAUGGCACCGAGAUAAGCGAAGGGCAAGACCAACCAAGUUUUCUACUAAAUUUGAUUGACACACCUGGUCAUGUGGAUUUCAGCUAUGAAGUAUCAAGAUCCCUGGCAGCUUGCCAGGGUGCUCUUUUGGUUGUUGAUGCUGCUCAGGGUGUUCAAGCGCAAACUGUUGCUAACUUUUAUCUUGCUUUUGAAUCUAACCUGACAAUAAUACCUGUCAUAAAUAAGAUUGAUCAGCCUACUGCUGAUCCCGAUCGUGUUAAAGCGCAACUAAAAUCAAUGUUUGAUCUCGAUCCUAGUGAUGCUCUUUUAACAUCUGCCAAAACAGGGCAGGGUCUGGAGCAAGUCCUUCCAGCAGUUAUAGAGCGCAUUCCUCCUCCUCCUGGGAAGAGUGGUUCACCCUUGCGUAUGCUUUUACUAGAUUCAUAUUAUGAUGAAUACAAAGGAGUCAUAUGCCAUGUUGCAGUUGUUGAUGGUAUGCUGCAUAAAGGGGAUAAGAUUUCAUCUGUGGGGACUGGCCAAGCUUAUGAAGUUUUUGAUGUUGGGAUCAUGCAUCCUGAACUCACUCCCACCGGUGUCCUUCAUACUGGACAAGUGGGAUAUGUUGUGAGUGGCAUGCGUUCAACCAAAGAGGCUUGUAUUGGAGACACUCUUUAUCAUAGUCGAAGCGUUGUAGAGCCCCUUCCAGGAUUCAAGCCUGCAAAACAUAUGGUCUUCUCUGGUGUUUAUCCAGCUGAUGGAUCUGAUUUUGAAGCUCUCAAUCAUGCAAUAGAGAGACUGACAUGCAAUGAUGCUAGCGUCUCUGUCACUAAAGAGAGUAGCACUGCACUAGGGCUGGGUUUUAGGUGUGGUUUUUUGGGCUUACUUCACAUGGAUGUUUUCCAUCAGCGGCUUGAACAGGAGUAUGGAGCUCAUGUUAUUUCUACUGUUCCAACCGUUCCUUAUAUUUUUGAGUAUUCUGAUGGAAGCAAAGUUCAAGUACAGAAUCCUGCUGCAUUGCCCUCAAAUCCCAAGCAACGAGUUACAGCUUGUUGGGAACCUACUGUAACAGCUACAAUUAUCAUCCCUAGUGAGUAUGUGGGGCCUGUUAUUACCCUAUGCUCUGAACGAAGAGGGCAGCAGUUGGAGUAUUCAUUUGUUGAUAGUCAGCGCGUAUUUAUGAAGUAUCGCUUACCUUUGAGGGAAAUUGUUGUUGACUUUUACAAUGAACUGAAAAGUAUAACAUCAGGAUAUGCCUCAUUUGAUUAUGAGGAUGCCGAAUAUCAAGAAUCUGAUCUGGUGAAACUUGAUGUUCUCUUGAAUGGACAAUCAGUUGAUGCCAUGGCUACAAUUGUUCAUAACUUGAAGGCACAGCGUGUUGGUCGUGAACUGGUUGAGAAACUGAAAAAAUUCAUAGACAGGCAAAUGUUUGAGAUAACAAUACAAGCUGCAAUUGGAUCAAAGGUCAUUGCGAGAGAGACGAUUUCGGCUAUGAGAAAAAAUGUUCUUGCAAAGUGCUAUGGUGGGGACGUUAGUCGGAAGAGGAAAUUGUUGGAGAAGCAAAAAGAAGGAAAGAAGCGAAUGAAACGCAUUGGUUCUGUUGAUAUACCUCAAGAGGCAUUUCAUGAACUACUGAAGGUUUCAUGAAAAAAAUGUCCAAAGAAUUGGCCAUAUUUGGAACUGGUUUUUGGUUGUGAGAAAAAGUGAUGGGAAGGCUGUUGGAAAAAGCAAAACGAGACAAGAAGCAAAUGAAGGGCUCUACCUCUUUGGGUGGCCUGAUGAGCUGCCACAGCUUUCGUGUAGAGAAGAAAAAUAACCACAUAUUUGGCCAUAGAUGAUUUUCUUCUUCUUUACAAGUAACACAAUUGCUUUCUAGCAUCAGAAUUUAGAGAUGCUGGUAAAAUUACCAUGUUUUGGGCUUAUUUGGCGAGUAUCACAAGUUCUUAAAGAAUUUCCCUUUGGUUGGGUGGUGUGGUGGAUAUUCCACUGGUUGGGCGUGUUUCAACAUUCCUCUGCCGAUGCAUACACAUGAAGGCCCAUUUAUCCCUUGGUGAUUAAGAUAAAUCGAGAUUAAUAGUUUCGCUCGACUCUUGAAGAGUGGACUAAUCUAUCUAGUCGAUGGUGAAUAUAUUCGUAUUUUAGUGCCACAGUUAUAUAAAAGUAAAUUGAUUCCUUGAGAUGUUAUUAAAGAAGCAAUUUUUUUGGUCAUUCAAGAAAUAAAGAGUUGAGGUUCCCUUUUUA